AUGAGUAUUUAUGAGGAUAAUAUUAUUAAUAAUAGUGAUUACAUAUCGUCCUUUGAAAUAAAUAAAGAAAAAAAAGGAUUAUUUAGAAAUAAAAAUGUAAGUAAAAAUGUAUUAAUAUGGAAUAAGCUGAAAUGCUCAUCAAAUAAUUAUGAACAAAGAAUUCGGAAGUCCAACAUGAAUGAUGAAAUGAUUAUGAAAAAUGAUAUUUCUGAUAAAAAUACUUCUUAUUCCUAUGAUAAUGAUAAUAGAUGUGUUAAAUUUCCUAGGCGUAGUGGAGCUGCAUCAGUAUUAUAUAAAAAUUAUAUAUACAUUUUUGGGGGAUAUAAAUCAAAAAAAAGAUUAAGUGACUUUUAUAAGUACAAUAUCAUAGAAAAUAAAUGGAUAAAAAUAAAUGAAGAAAAUUGUCCAUCUGCAAGAGAAAAUAAUCCUUCCUUUUUGUAUAAAGGAAAAAUGUAUAUAUUAGGAGGUUAUGAAGGAAAUAGAAAUUGGCUAAAUGAUUUUUAUUCUUUUGAUCUAAAUACUGAAAAAUGGGAAACUGUUGAGGUGAAUGAAAAAAGUAAAGUAAAUGCUCCUCCCGCAUUAUUUGGUUUUGCUUUGUCUAUUGAUGAAUCCAAAGGGGUGUUAUAUUUAUUUGGUGGUUAUGAUGGUUUAACAUUACAUAAUCAAAUGUAUGCAUAUAAUAUAGAAAAAAAGAAAUGGAUAUAUAUAAGUCAAAGUGGUGAUAUUCCCAGUCCGAGGUCAUGUUCUGUUGGGCAUAUUUGCGAUAGUUAUUUUUAUUUAUUUGGUGGAUUUAGUGGAGAAAAUGCACUUAAUUGCUUAUAUCAAUUUCAUUUGGAAACAAGUAUUUGGACAAAAAUGAAAUAUAAUAUAAAAGAAGGGGCAUUAAGAAAUAAUUCACUAAUAUACAGCAACGAAGAAAAAAGUUGUUAUUCUAUUAAUAAAAAGAAUUAUUGCAACAUUCCUUUUCCCAGAUAUUUUGCAGGAUCCUUUUUACAUAGUAAAUGUUUGUAUAUAUUAGGAGGCUAUAAUGGGUAUUUAGAUCGCUUAAAUGACUUUUACAAAUUUGACUUACAUCAAAGAACAUGGACACAAAUUAGCACAUCAAAUAAUUUUUCAGGGAGAAGUAAUAUGAGUCUCCAUUUUUAUAAAAAUGUAGUAUAUUGCAUUGCUGGAUUUGAUGGAAAGAAUUCUUUAAAUGAUGUUUAUGCACUGAAAUUAGAAAAUAUAUAUGUUGAGUCUUCUUCCUUAAUUAACAACUAUAAAAUUAUGGUUAAUAACCCUAGAUAUUCCGAUGUUAUUUUUAUUUUAGAAAACAGAUAUUUAUACGCUUGUAAAUCUAUUUUAUCAGCAAGAUGUUCUAGUUUUAAUUCUAUAUUUGACUUAUAUUUCUCAAAAGAUGGAACAGGGAACUCACAUAAUAAUAUGCCUAUACCUAUUAACGAUAUAUUGUAUGAUAUAUUUUUAAUUGUUAUAAAUUAUCUUUAUACAGAUGAAUUAUCUAUGAAUUAUUCACUUGAAACGUAUACUAAAAUUUUAAUUACUGCUGUGAAUUUUAAUAUUCUUAGAUUAUUGCAAUUAUGUGAACUAAUUAUUAGUAAUUACAUAAAUGAAGCGAAUGUUUUAGAUAUUAUCCUUUUAAGCUAUAAAAAUAAUUGUAAACAAUUAUGUAAAUUUUGUUUGGAUUUUAUAAUUAAUAAUAAGUUGUUAGAUGAUAAUAAAAUCAAUAGAUUGAUAAUGGAGCCACAUUUACUAGGAGAAAUUUACAAAAGAUCUUUAUGUAAUUAA